AUGUCAGCGCGCGAGAUGAAGGGCCUACACGCCGACCCCCGCGAACUCAAUGGAUCGGGAAGAGAAAAGACUUCUGAUGAUGUGCAUCUUGCGAGGUUAGGGAAGAAGCAGGUUUUACGGCGGAACUUUGGCAUGCUCUCUAUGCUCGGUUUCAGCUGUACGAUUCUCGUCACUUGGGAGGGUUUUACUUGCUUAUUCCUUCAGCCAUUGACCAAUGGCGGUCCUGCUGGAGCUGUCUAUGGUUUCCUCUUCGUUUGGCUAGGCACAGCCUGCGUCUUUGUGGUUUUAUCGGAAUUGGCAUCGAUGGCUCCAACCUCUGGAGGGCAAUAUCACUGGGUUUCCAUGCUUGCCCCUCGUUCCUGCGUCAAGUUUCUGAGCUAUAUAUCUGGAUGGCUCACUGUGAUCGGAUGGCAAGCGACCUUUGCUACAGCAUGCUAUCUAACCGGCACAAUGAUCCAGGGAGUCUCUGUCCUGACCCACCCCGACUACACGCCUGCGUACUGGCAUCCGACGAUGUACUACUGGGCCGUUGUUGCAUUUGCUGUAGGCAUCAACAUAGUCGGACGGAGUGUUCUCCCCAGGCUGGAAGGUCUGAUCCUUGUGGUUCACAUCCUCGGUUUCUUCGCCGUGAUAAUCCCUCUGGUUUCACUUGCCGAGAUCACCUCCGCCAAGGACGUAUUUACCGAGUUCGUUAACCAGGGCGGCUGGUCAUCGGAUGGCCUGUCUUUUUUUGUUGGUCUUAUCGGAUGCGUGUUCGCCUUCGCAGGUGGCGACGCUGCUGUUCAUAUGUCCGAAGAGAUCGAAAACGCUACCGUGAUAGUUCCCCGGUCCAUUUUGCUCAGCGUUCUCAUCAACGGCAUGCUGGGCUUUGGCAUGGCCAUUGCGCUGCUUUUCUGCCUCGGUGAUCUCGAUACAGCGCUGGCGUCUCCAACUGGAUACCCGUUCAUGGAGAUCUUCCGCUCUGGAACCAACUCUGUGGGCGGCGCAGCGACAAUGACGUCUAUCAUUAUUGUCGUCUGUAUCUGCUCGUCUACGGGUAUGAUGGCCGCGACCUCUCGCCAGCUCUGGUCGUUCGCUCGUGAUCGAGGUGUGCCGGGAUGGAAGAUAUGGAGUUAUGUCUCUCCAACAACUGCUAUCCCUACGUGGUCCGUUGUUCUCACAACAACGAUCGCGGCUCUUCUCGCGCUGAUCCCUAUCGGCUCCGCCGUCGCCUUCAACGACCUCUGCGCCAUGUCAAUCUCCGGUCUCUACCUGUCCUAUAUCCUCGUGGCCUGCCUUCUCCUCUGGCGGCGCGUAACGGGGUGUAUCUCAAAAACUGCUGAGGCUGAUGAGAUAGUAAACACAAUCGGCGCAAGGCUGGUCUGGGGUCAGUUUUAUAUCCCUGGAAUCUGGGGUGUGAUUGUCAACGUCUUUGCUAUCAUUUAUGCACUGAUCGUGGUCUUCUUCAGCUUCUGGCCACCCUAUGCGGAGGUCGAGCUGGAGACUAUGAACUUUAGUGUUGUAGGGACCGUCAGUGUAAUAGUUCUGAGUGUCUUCUAUUAUCUUGUGAGGGCGCGCCAUGUGUACAGGGGGCCUAUUAUUGAGACUAGCCCGCUGUAAAUAGGACACGCUCCAAAGAGAUUCGUUGUGCCGUAUAAAGGCACCCACGUCUGU